GGCGGCAUUCGUAGUACCUUACAGGUCGGAGGUGAAUGUUGAGGUGGGGAGAAUAUGGCGGCCUCCGCCCGCUGUCAUCGGGUUCCCUACCGGCUUCUGCUGUUGCCAAGAGCUGGCAAUGGCAUUUCUGCAUCGACAUCUCCUCUUCUACAGCAGCAGCGUGAAGUUCAUUACUCCGUGAUUCCUCAUGGGAAGAGUGGGCGUUCGUCUGUCAGUGGCAUUGUGGCCACUGUCUUUGGGGCCACAGGAUUCCUGGGUCGAUAUGUUGUUGGUCGCCUGGGACGGACUGGCUCCCAGGUCGUCAUUCCUUAUCGCUGUGAACAAUAUGACACCAUGUACUUACGGCCCAUGGGUGAUCUUGGACAGCUUCUGUUCAUGGAAUGGGACGCGCGUGACAAAGAUUCUAUCCGAAGAGCCCUUGAACACAGCAAUGUCGUCAUCAAUCUUGUUGGAAAAGAAUGGGAAACCAGAAACUUCAAGUUUGAAGAUGUCUUCGUUAACAUCCCCAGGGAUAUUGCCAGGCUUUCCAGAGAAGCAGGCAUAGAAAAAUUCAUUCACGUCUCUCACCUGAAUGCAGACUUGAGGAGCCCUUCUAAAUACCUCCGGAAUAAAGCUGCUGGAGAAAAGGCAGUGAGAGAAGAAUUUCCGGAUGCCAUCAUCAUGAAGCCUGCUGAAAUGUUUGGAAGAGAGGACAAGUUUUUGAACUAUUAUGCAAACAUGCGCUGGUUUGUGGGUGUGCCGCUGAUUUCCAUGGGCAAGAAAACAGUGAAACAGCCUAUCUAUGUGGUUGAUGUAGCCAAGGCAAUAAUUAAUGCCAUUAAGGAACCUGAUGCUAAAGGCAAAACGUAUGCAUUGACCGGCAUGCAUAGAUACGUCCUUUAUGAUCUGGUACGUUAUCUUUAUGCGGUUCUCCACAGAGGUUUUCUCCCAUAUCCACUGCCUCGGCCUUUGUAUCAUUUAUGUGCAAGGUUCUUUGAGGCAAGCCCCUUUGAGCCGUGGACAACCAGAGACAAAGUGGAUCGGUUCCAUAUCACGGACAUGAGGUUCCCUGAUCUUCCCGGCCUAGAAGACCUGGGCAUCACCGCCACUCCCAUAGAGCAGAAAGCGAUAGAGGUGCUACGCCGUCACCGCACAUUCCGCUGGCUGGAAGCAGAGAUUGAGGAAGCAAAACCGGCCAAACCCGUUACCGGCAUGUAACAGUUAACUCCCGAGGCUUUGCAGCCUGGACUUGCAUUGAUCUUGUUUGUUCGAGAAUCUGUACAUAACAGAAAAUUUAAAUCCAUCCU